GAUGUCUAGCUGAUGUCAGUGUCACACAAACAUUGCUUUCAUAUUCUGGUGAAAAUGUCUCGUUCUCUAAAAACCAGUUCAAUAUUUCCAAUACUCAUGACCCGAAUCAGACAGUUCACAACCAAAUUAGAUGUGAUUCCUGUAGUGAACCGUUUGCCAAGUAUAGAGGAGAACAUAUCAGAAGAUUCUCCAGAAGAUCGCGACAAUAAUCCUAUAAGGUACAACGUUUGCAGAGACAAUAGUCCCUGCUCUAAGUUUGUGUUCAACAAGAGGAACAAACAGGCUGGCUCUGCAGAUCAUCAGAAUCAGUUCGAGAUGACAUUCGAAGAUCAAUCAGCUCAACAAGAAUGCACCACCUCCAUCAGUAGUGCAGAUAAAGGUUAUAGAAGUUUCACUACUUCUACGACUCAGAAAAAUGUGGUGCUGCCCCUGAAAAUGUUCAAGUUGGCUAAUCCGUUUCCGGAACCAGUCAAGAUAAUGCCCUCCAGAACAGUUUCAGAUCAAGAGAAAGCAGAUCAGAUGCAAGCUGAAUGUAGAGUACCAAAAUCUAUCUCGAAAUCAAGAAGAGCGUGAAAAUUGUGACUCCUAUACAUUAUCACACUUGGUUUUGAAAAAAUCAGUAUUUCCAAAAUUCACCAAUCAUUAUUAUAUGUACAAUGAUAUUUAUUUCGAAAUAUACGCUCAAUAUUGAAUGAUUUCAUUAAUUUUUGAGUUUAUGAAUGAAA